AUGGCUCUCAAACUGACAAUGGAAAUUUCUCCAAAUGUCAUUUCUUCUUCGUGGAAAAGAACUGGAAUUAAGCGGUUUUCUACUUUGGAGGCAUGCGAAGAAGCCGACGAAGAAGCCGUUCUACUGCAUCAGUUGGAGACACUGGAGAUACAAGAAGAAAUGGAAAAUGAAGACAACGAUGAAGGUGACGUGAUGGAAGUUCAAGAAGCUGGUCAAUCUGAUGCAUCUCCGGUUCCGAAAAAGAAGCCAAUUCAGUCUCAAAUUACUUCUUUCUUCGCUAAGAAGUAA